GUGUGUGUCUGUGUGUGAGGGGGUGCUCAUGUAAUCCUGCUCGCUCCCUCCACACACACACGAUCAAUACUAACAAGAUCAAUAGUUAGCUUGCCACUGCUUGGGUUAUGCAAGAAGUAAUUCCUGAUACGAAAGUCGGUCCGUCUCACCAGUACUGUCAAGUAAAUCCUCACCUCCACUGCUCACGCCCAGAUCAUCAUCAUCUGCCAUUGCUAGUCCACUGCAGGACAACGACCUUCCCCAAACGUUCUCCAACUCUCGGUCUGAUGCCUACAGCAGAGGUCACCUCAGCAGGGAACAGUUCAAAGAAAUCCCGAAGGAGGCGCGGAGGUAGAGGCAAGAAAAAAAUGGCAGACAACACUGAAUCCACACCGGGAGCAAAAGCAACAGGAGCAGCAGCACCAGUAGCAGAAGUAGCAGGAGAGAGCACAGGCGACGAGAUGGAGGACACAAAGAGCCUGGUCGAGGAAGCGAAAGAGCUCGCCAACAAAGUGCAAGGAGCUGAGGGCGGAGCGGAAGGAGGAGAAGGCCUGAGUGAGGAGACGAAGGCGAAGAUCGAGGAGGUGAGGGAGAGGGCACUGGUCGCCAUCAACAAGCUCAGGGGCACGCAGGAAGGCCUCUCGCAGUACCAGGGGGAGCUGCAGGAGUGGAUAGACGACCAGAUCAUGUUGGAGAACCAGAUGAUGGAGGCCCUGGAGAACACAAGGAGGAUGCGUGCACGGAUCAGGGAUGAGCAGGAGAGGAUCGCAGCGCUUAGGGAGCAGUUUGAGGUGAUGGAGCCGGAGCAGGACGGUGAUGGGAGGCGGGUGUAAUAGUGGCGACGGGACGGAUGUACUACCUGGUGAUGGGAUGGGUGUAAGGGUGCAAAUGGGGACUGAGAGCUGAUGGUGAUUGGCCAUGUGUAUAGAAAGGUAGUAAGGGAACGAGUACGAGGUCGUAAAUAGUGAAUGACAGCUACAUUUUUGGUGACUGGCAGGGAAUGCUAAUGGCGAAUGAGAGACGAAUGCAGGGGAUGAUAGUGAAUGGGGGAGGUGUGAAUGGUUACUUGACAGCUAUAGUUUUGGUGAAUGGAGCAAAAUGGUAAUGGUGAAUGAGAUAAAUGCAAGAGAUGACUGAAAAGAGUAAUGAUGAUAAAUAGAAGAGAUGUAAAUGGUGACUGACAGGUGAUGGAUGGUGAAUGAAAAGAACUGGUGAUGGUAGUGAAUGGGAGAAGAAUGUAGAAGAUGAAUGUGAAGAUGGAUAAUUGUGAGUGGGAGAGAGAUUUAAAUGGUGACUUGACAGAUGAUGGUGAAUGAGAAGAACUGGUGAUUGAUAGUGGUGAAUGGGAGAUAGAUAAAUGAGGGGAUAGUUGAGAGAACAUAACAGCAAUUACAAAAGAGAUAAUGAUAGUGACAAGAUAGCUGAAGAUGGUGAAAAGCAAGCAAGUAUAAGAAGUAAACAACAACAACAGGGAAAACUAGGUUGUGAUUAGGUGAUAUUGGGCAUUGAAAACAGGUGUGAUGAAGGAGAUGGUGAUGGUUAGGUGUCAGGUGUUACUGUGUUAAUUAGGACAUAGGUGCAAUGCCUCUGAUGUUAAGUUGUGUAUUUAUUUUUAUUUUAUUAGUGACAAACUUAAAAAUGAUGACACGCUAAAAAUAAGUUAUGCUCAUUUUUUUUUAUGCAACUUUCUGAUAUUGACAAUGAAUAACUUUUAAAAAAAUUACACACUAUAAAUGAGUUCAUGCAUCUUUUUUGUGUGACAUUUUUUUUUUUUUUUCAUAUUGAUAAUGACAAACUCUGAAGAAAAAAAAUGUCACUGAAAAUAGGUAAUUUUUUUUUUUUUUCUUGUCAUAACUUCAUCACAACGCUGUAAUACCGAAAAUGACAAACAUAAAAAGUGACUCACUAAAAAUGUAAAAGUAAGGUCAUGGUCAUUUUUCUUUUGUGGGUGUUACUUCACUGCAGUUUUUCCUCUUUUUUUUAUGGGAGUAUGAAGGUGAUGUUAGACACUUCUAUGACUAUUUUUUGAGGCUUAAUGGAAUGCUAUUAUUCUCUUGUCAUUUUUUUUUUUUGUUUAAAUGUCUGAAUAAACUUGAAUGAUCUAAAGCUACCUGUCUCUUUCUAUCACACCUUUCACUUUCACUCUCUUCCCCCAUCUCUCCCUCCUUCCCUCUCUUUCCGUUCCUCCCUCCCUAUCACACCUUUCUCUAUACCUGUUUGCUUUCUCACUCUCCCACUCUCCCUCCCUUCCUCCCUUCCCCCUCUCUCCCUCCCUCCCUCUCUCCAUUCCUUCUCACCAAUUACACCUUUCUCUGUAUACCUGUUAGCUCUAUCUCUCUCUCUUUCUCUCCCCCUCUCCAUUUCUCCACCUAACACUCUUCUCUUUACCUCUUUGCUUUCUCUCACUCCCUUCCUCCCUCCCAUUCCUCCUGCCUAUCACACCUCUCUACACCUGUUUGCUUUCUCCCUCACUAUCUCUCCCUCUCUCUCCAUCCCUCCCUCCCCUCCUCUCCUAUCACACCUCUCUUUCUCAGUCUCUCUCUCUCCCCUUCACCCCUUUCUCCCUCCCUCCCUCCUCUUCGCUCCACCUAUCACACCUCUCUGUAUAUACCUGUUUGCUUUCUCUCUCACUCUUUCUCUCUCCCCCUCCUUCCCCUCCUCUCGCUAACUCAACUCGGCUUCACUCACCGAAUAUUUUGUGCCGGAUAAUCUGUUUGUGUACUUUCUUCUCUCAAAAGCAAAAACAGAAAUACAUCUCUUUUUGCUCCUGAUAUUUUUUUCCUCUUUUUCUUUUUGCUAGAUAGAACACUCCUCUCGGUAACAUUUUGUGAGCAUUACUAUUUCGGAACUUUUUUUUUUUUGUGCGUGUGUGUGUGUGCAUGCGUAUUUUUAGUUGCAUACAAAUAUUUCUGUUUUGUACGGAGGCCGGGAUUUGUUAAGCGUUUUCGUUAUAUUCUAUUCAGGGCUUUUCGCUUUAUUUUUUAUCCUGUUUUUGUGUUUCCUAACUGGAUUUGGACGCAGCGUAUAAUCCGUUAUUCUGACCAACGCUGAACGCUGUGGCGGCGGGGAAGUCAACUGUCAAAGGUUUUUGUUUCCCAUCCUUUGGCUUUGUAACUAUAUAUAUAUAUAUAUUUUUUUUUUUAUAUAUUAAUUGGGGGAGUCAAAAGUUCUAUGUGUGUUUAUUUAUUUAUGGUAUUUCUCUUCUUCUGUUGUGCCAUGAUCGCAUAUCCCAAUCAAUCAAUCAAUAAAUCAGUUAAUCUUCUUUUCUUCUUUUCUUCUUUAUCUCCUUCAACAUCCUUAUUUUCUCUUCUGGAGUUGGACAGGCCAUGAGUCUCUCCUACUUCUGUUGGUAUUUGUGUAUUACUGAAUUAUUUGUAAAAGGGAAGUGUGCAAAUGAGACAAAUGAGAUUGAAUAAAGAAAGAAAGAAAGAGGUGCAGAGGAACAAGACAGGCACCAAAAAGUUAAAUUCAGUGAAGAUAAUAAUAGUAAGAUGAACAGAAAGAAAAGGAAGAUGUGCAAGUGAGAUUGAAAAAAGAAAAAAAAAGAUGCAGCAAAAGAAGAAAACAAAGAAAAGGAAGAUGUGCAAGUGAGAUUGAAUAAAGAAAGAAAGAAAAAGAUAUAGCAGAAGAAGAAGAAAACAAAGAAAAAGAUGUGCAAGUGAGAUUAAGAAAAGAAAAAGAAAAAGAUACAGCCAAAGAAGAAAAGAAUCACCAAAGAGUUCAAUCUGUUGAUAAUAAUAAUAAUAAGAUGAACAAAAAUAAAAGGAGAAUGUGCAAGUGAGAUUGAAGAAAGAAAAAAAAGAGAGAAAUAAAGAAGGAAAAGAUGAAUGAAGAAAAUGAUCCCCCCCCCCAAAAAAAAAAAAAAUCCAUUGAAAAUAAUGACAAUAAGAUGAACAGAAAGAAAAUCAAUGACCACACAAACAAGCAAAAAAAGAGGAGGAGGAGGAGGAGCACGCCAAAAAAAUGGUGUGAUAAUUUUUUUUUCCCAUUAAUAUCCUUCAUAUCAAGAGCCUUUAUAUUUUGGCUCUUUAAUUAAUGAUAACACUUUGUAAUAUUUAAAUGACAACUGCAGUGCUUCAUAACUUGUAGUGAAGGUAGUGCGAAUGAAUGAAUGAAUGAAUGAAUGUGUGUGUGUGUGUGUGUGUGUAUGUGUGUUAAGGAUGUUCAGGUAGAUUAAUUAAAGGUUGCAAGAUAAAAAAAAAAGAAGAGUUUAGUGAUAAGAUAAAGAUGAGAUAAAUAAUAAAAAAGAUUAAAAAAAAGUGAAUGGAAGAAAAAAAAAGUUCAGAAAAAAGGAGAAGGAUUUAAGGAGAUGUUUUUAUUUAUAAGAAGACCUGUUUCUUUGUUUGUUUGUGCCAGUCGUCAAUGCUUAUGUUUGCAGCUGAGCUUCAUAGGUGUUUUACAUGUACGGUGAAGCGAGCGCCUUAUUGGAAAUGACGCAUGUGAGCUGAAAUUAUUAAAUGGGAAAAUUAAAAA